GGGGGGUUGGAAGCGGGACCGUGCUUUGAUUCUGGAAUCACCAAGUUUUCUUGUGGACGAGCUAAAGAAAGCAUCGCCAAGGGGCACAAAUAGCCUGGGGUGUCCCUCGCAACCCCGUGAUACGUCGGAGCAUGAACAGCUGGUCAUAUCACAGAUUACGGGGGUGCAGAUGAGGCAAAACUGGUGGAUUGGGAGACUCCCGUAAAAGAGCGAUUCUCUGUCGUUUCUCACGUGCGUCGUUGGGCGAUUAAUCCAUCUAUGCCCACUUUUAACUCAGGUGUACUGUUCAGUACCCGUUGCAAGUUGGAUAUCAUGUCCGAAUGGACAAUGACCUAUGGAAAUGAGUCUGGUCAUGUGAGGAAGCACUUAUGGAUGAGAUGUUUGUUAGUUAUUUUUGGUACGGGUCUAUACGGAGUAAUUGAGUGUUGCCUAGAAGCAGCUAUCAGCAUACUAUUAUCUACGGAGUACACAGGGAGGCAACAGCGAGCAGAAUACGAUUCAAGCUCAGAUACACCCAAUUGGAAGAGAAGGGAGGUGAAAGAACUACAGUGGGCCGGGGCAGUGCAGGCAAAACAUCGUAGUAAAAGGGGAAAAGAACAGUCAAACUUGGGGAGUUGGAAAAGGCAACUACCUAUAAUAAUGACGUCUUUUGCACUUUCUGCCUUUAGAUCUCUACGCUGCUGAAGAAUACGGUAGGUCGGUGCAUGGCCUUUGCUUCUUGAUGACUACGCCGUACGUGGCUGAGGUAAGACGGUCGUUCUCAUUGAAAGACGUUGGUCCAUAUCGGCUUUCGGAAUCGC